CUUCCUCUCUGCCUGUCCCUUCGCCGGAGGGAGCCGGGCAGCGAACCGAGAGGGGUGAUCCAGGCGGCGGUGCUGGCACGCUCCUCUCGGGAACUGGCCGGCGUGGAGAGGGACGACCCAGAUCCGCACCGCCGCGAUCGCUGUGCCCAGCCGUCCCUUCUCGCCAUGUCCCACAGCAGGCAUCGUGCCGAGGCCCCGCCGCUGCAGCGCGAGGACAGCGGGACCUUCAGUUUGGGCAAGAUGAUAACAGCUAAGCCUGGGAAAACACCGAUUCAGGUAUUACACGAAUACGGCAUGAAGACCAAGAACAUUCCGGUUUAUGAGUGUGAAAGAUCCGAUGUGCAAGUACACGUGCCCACUUUCACCUUCAGAGUCACCGUUGGUGACAUAACUUGCACAGGUGAAGGCACGAGUAAGAAGCUUGCGAAGCAUAGAGCUGCAGAGGCCGCCAUAAACAUUUUGAAAGCCAAUGCAAGUAUUUGCUUUGCAGUUCCUGACCCCUUACUCCCUGAGCCAUCCAAACAGCCAAAGAAUCAGCUGAAUCCAAUUGGCUCAUUACAGGAAUUGGCUAUUCACCAUGGCUGGCGACUUCCUGAAUAUACGCUUUCCCAAGAAGGAGGACCUGCUCAUAAGAGAGAAUAUACCACAAUCUGCAAGCUAGAGUCGUUCAUGGAAACUGGAAAGGGAGCAUCAAAAAAACAAGCCAAGAGAAAUGCUGCUGAGAAAUUCCUCGCCAAAUUUAGUAAUAUUUCUCCAGAGAACCACAUUUCUCUAACAAACGUAGUUGGGCAUUCCCUGGGAUGCACCUGGCACUCCUUGAGGAAUUCCCCUGGUGAGAAGAUCAACCUGCUGAAAAGAAGCCUCCUCAGUCUCCCGAACACAGACCACAUCCAGCUGCUCAGUGAGAUUGCCAAGGAGCAAGGCUUUAGCAUAACAUAUUUGGAUAUAGAAGAACUGAGUGCCAACGGGCAGUAUCAGUGUCUCGCGGAGCUGUCCACCAGUCCCAUCACUGUGUGUCAUGGCUCAGGCAUCUCCUGUGGCAAUGCCCAGAGCGACGCUGCUCACAACGCUCUGCAGUAUUUAAAGAUAAUAGCAGAGAGAAAGUAGAAGCGGCUCAGCAGGUCUCUGCAGCACAGAAGUUUCCCCCGCACCUCUUUCCCAGUAAAACAUUUACCACAACGUAUGUCUGCGUGUCCUUUCCAGAUCUCUUCAGAAUCCGUCAGCUUUCCGGAUUUAAUUGUCUCCUGGUAGUUGUUAUCAAGCUCUUUUUAAUGGCUUCACCUUUGUAUUGGUAUAUUGUAUUUAUAAACUUUGUACCACAGGCUGAGCGUCGCGCCCCGUUUUACAGGGUCAGGCACACAGGGUGGACCUGCAUGUUUGACUGUGACAACGAAGAGACAAAGUCCUGCUAGCCACAGUCUGACCGGUGCUUAACUCUUCUGUGCAAAGCUUUGUGAAGUGGAUUCCAAGGAAACCCUUUAGACUAGAGUGUUGAGGCUUGUGUUGAAUGUCAUUGCUAAAUUUCAGGGAACGUGGUCGGUCUGCUAUGUGUUUGAAACCAUGGAAUAAAGAACUGUUGUUAUAA